AUGUCGCCAAUUGGGCUCGGCGGCGAUAGCAAGGAGCAGCCGAGCACGGCUCCCGAUCCGGACUAUCUCGUCAAAUGGGAAGACGGAGAAGCCCAGAAUCCGCUGAACUGGUCUAUCCAGUACAAAGCGUGGGUGACCUUUCAGCUGGGCAUGUUGGCCCUGGCGGGGAGUCUCGGCUCCAGCAUCAUGACGCCUACCGACAGUAUCGUGGCUGAGUAUGUUGGGGUGAGUAGUGAGGUUGCUGUGUUGGAUGUCAGCAUGUACCUCAUCGGCUUUGUGUGCGGCCCGAUCUUCUGGGCCCCGAUCUCCGAGAUUUGGGGCCGCAGAGUGAGCAUCCUCCCCGCCGUCUUCUGCCAGGCACUCUUCGCUAUCGGCACUGCGAGAAGCACCAACGCCGUCUCGGUGUACAUCACCCGCUUCUUCACGGGCUUCUUCGGCUCUGCCCCGAUCAGCAAUGUCACAGCCGCCCUCGGGGACAUGUGGAGUCGAGAGACACGUGGGAUCGCAGUCAGCCUGUACGCCGUGGCCGUGAAUGGCGGACCCUCCCUGGGCCCGAUUAUCGGGGCUGCUGUCGUCCUCAACCCUCAUCUCAAUUGGCGCUGGACGGGCUAUAUUCUCGCCAUCUGGGUCAUGGCCACCUUCGUGUUUACCUUCUUCUGUCUGCCCGAGGUGUACCCGCCGGUGCUGCUGAAGCGGAAAGCCCAGCGCCUGCGGAAAGAGACAGGCGAACAACGGUAUUACCACCCGCAGGAGCACAUCCAGCUGGAUUUCCAAUCCAUCGUCACCAAGCAGCUGUCACGGCCACUGCGCAUGCUCUUCACGGAGCCCAUCGUGACGUGCAUCGCGUCCUAUGCCUCCUUCGUCUACGGCGUCAUGUACCUCACCCUCGAGGUGUUUCCAAUCGUCUUCGAAGACAUCCGAGGCUGGGAUCCGCUUGUCGCCUCGCUGCCAUUUCUGGGACUCCUCAUCGGCGUGAUCUCCUCCGUCGGUCUUAAUGUCUGGAACCAGUUCCGCUACAACCGCAUCGCCGAGGCUGCAAACGGCCGGCCCGUCCCUGAAGCCCGGCUACCCCCGAUGGCCUUCGGAGCGCCUCUAUUCGUGAUCGGCGCCUUCUGGUUCGCCUGGACCGCAAAACCUCCCCAUCCAUGGAUCUUACCCUGUCUGGCUGCCCUCUGCCUGGGUGCCGGGUUUAACUGCAUCUUCCAACAGUGCCUCAAUUACCUUAUCGACAUGUACGGCAUCUACGCCGCCAGCGCUACCGCUGCCGUCACCUUUCUCCGCAGCAUCAUGGCCGCGGGGCUUCCCCUGGCGGCUAAGCCUAUGAUCCGUGCGCUGGAUGUCGGUCCCGCCGUCUCGAUCAUCGGCGGCGUGGCCGUUUGCUUGCUUCCCAUUCCGUUCUUGUUUAUGAAGUACGGCCAGCGACUGCGUAGGUACUCGAAGCUUACGCCAGAAAACCUUAAAUAG